CGCAGGCUGCUGGGAUCUUCAGGCUCUGCGUCCUGGGUGUUCUGUCCACGGGUGUUCUUUCCACGGAGCGUGAGCCCCUUGGGGCUGGUCCUGCCUACUGCGCACGGGGGCUCCCUCUGCUGCUCCUGGCCCUGCCUUGGCGGCUCGGAGUCCAGAACGUGAUUUCUCACCCCCGCUGUUUACUUCCCUGUCACUGUCCAUCUUGUCUUUCCUUUCGCUUCCUCCCACUUACCUCCCUUCCCUGCCUGGGCCUGGGCAGCCUGCCACCGUCACAUGCCAGGCAGUAGUGCGUCCGGUCGCCAGCUCCCCUGGGGCAUGAGCGAAAGCUGAUGCCCAUGGUGUCUCUAGAGCCAGCUGCCACUUCUCUGGGGGCCGCUGUAGCUCCUGACCUGCUGUCCGCAAAUAACCCCAGCCCCAGGAAAGGCAAAAGGCGCCUUGGGCUCCAUGGCCGCUUUCCAGGCCUGUGGCUCCAGGUAGGGGCCCAGCGGGCGGCUGCCUCCCGCCCUUCUCCCUUCCACCCUGGGAACCUGAGACGAAGCAGCGGCCUCGGCGUCUGUCAGUCUGUCGGCUGCUGGUCCCUGAGGACGGAAGUGGAGGUCCCGGGGAAAGGACCAGGGCCUUAGUUGAGCCCCCGACUGGCUCCUAAGCCCCAGACAAGUGCAUACACAACUGUGUUCUGUCCACCGCGCCUCCUGCAUGUCCUGCUGCCCUGAGCUGUCACAAGCUAGGUGACAGCGUGUCACGCUGCCACCAUGAACGAGGUGUCUGUCAUCAAAGAAGGCUGGCUCCACAAGCGUGGUGAAUACAUCAAGACCUGGAGGCCCCGGUACUUCCUGUUGAAGAGUGACGGCUCCUUCAUCGGCUACAAGGAGCGGCCUGAUGCCCCUGAUCAGACCCUGCCUCCCCUGAACAACUUCUCUGUCGCAGAAUGCCAGCUGAUGAAGACUGAGAGACCACGGCCCAACACCUUUGUCAUACGCUGCCUGCAGUGGACCACGGUCAUCGAGAGGACCUUCCAUGUAGACUCUCCAGAUGAGAGGGAAGAGUGGAUGCGAGCCAUUCAGAUGGUCGCCAACAGCCUCAAGCAGCGGGGCCCAGGGGAGGACCCCAUGGACUAUAAGUGUGGCUCCCCCAGCGACCCUUCUGCGGCUGAGGAGAUGGAAGUGGCAGUUAGCAAGGCCCGGGCCAAGGUGACCAUGAAUGACUUCGACUAUCUCAAACUUCUGGGCAAGGGCACCUUUGGCAAAGUGAUUCUGGUGCGAGAGAAGGCCAGCGGCCGGUACUAUGCCAUGAAGAUCCUGCGGAAGGAAGUUAUCAUCGCCAAGGAUGAAGUCGCCCACACGGUCACCGAGAGCCGGGUCCUCCAGAACACCAGGCACCCGUUCCUCACCGCCCUGAAGUACGCCUUCCAGACCCAUGACCGCCUGUGUUUCGUGAUGGAGUACGCCAAUGGCGGCGAGCUGUUUUUCCACCUGUCCCGGGAGCGUGUCUUCACGGAGGAGCGGGCUCGCUUCUACGGCGCGGAGAUCGUCUCUGCCCUUGAGUAUCUGCACUCGAGGGACGUGGUGUACCGUGACAUCAAGCUGGAAAACCUCAUGCUGGACAAAGAUGGCCACAUAAAGAUCACGGACUUCGGCCUAUGCAAAGAAGGCAUCAGUGACGGGGCCACCAUGAAAACCUUUUGUGGGACGCCUGAGUACCUGGCACCUGAGGUGCUGGAGGACAACGACUACGGCCGCGCGGUGGACUGGUGGGGGCUGGGCGUGGUCAUGUACGAGAUGAUGUGCGGCCGCCUGCCCUUCUACAACCAGGACCACGAGCGCCUCUUCGAGCUCAUCCUCAUGGAAGAGAUCCGCUUCCCGCGCACGCUCAGCCCCGAGGCCAAGUCCCUGCUUGCUGGGCUGCUUAAGAAGGACCCCAAGCAGAGCUUCUGCCACCCUUCAAACCUCAGGUCACCUCUGAGGUCGACACGAGGUACUUUGACGAUGAGUUUACCGCCCAGUCCAUCACAAUCACGCCCCCGGACCGCUAUGACAGCCUGGGCUCCCUCGAACUGGACCAGCGGACCCACUUUCCCCAGUUCUCCUACUCAGCCAGCAUCCGCGAGUGAGCAGAGCCGCCCACCGCCGCCGACUCCGCUGCAGGAUGCUCCAACGGCUGCCUUCACCGCCCUGGGGGCUUGUCUCUUUGUUUUUAAACUUUUUAUUUUGCCUUUUUUUGUUUGCAUCCCCAUCCCUCACCUGCUCACCCCCAUUUCCAGUUUUUUCAGCCCUCUGCCAAACUGACCUCGGCGGUCCUGGUGGCCCCACCUCCAGGAUCCUGUCCUGUCCUCACCUUGGUGCCCAGACCAGGAUUUGGGAGACUCCACUAGCCGCCCCAGGACCAGGGCUUCGGGCAGUUGGAGAGAUUCUGGUUUUUAAUCAACACAAGCCCCAGCAUAGGGCGCCAUGUGGAGCUGCGGGUCCUGCCCAGAUUUCUGGCCUGAUGCCUGCAGCCAGCCUGUCUCUGUGCCGCUGCCCUGGUCAGAGGCUGCCUUCCUGUUGGACAUCUCUUGGGACACGACGCCCUGCGGACAGUGCCCUGGUGCUGUUGGGCUCAGCGCGGCCUGGCGCGGGCGGUCCGGGCCCUCCCCCCACAGGGGCAGUAAAGCAAUAAUGUCCAGGGACAGGCGGGGUGGGGGGGCGCUUUGGAAGCUGUGGGGUUGGGGGUUGGGGAAUUCCUCGUGUAGGUGGGGCCCAGUCUACCCCGGGGGGCAUGAGGAAGGCCCCGGGGAUGGGCACUGCCUCCUUGCCCUGCCUUCCCCAGCCUCCCAAGCUGCUCUCCUGACCCUGUGGAUGAGGCAGGAGGGACAUUUAGGGACAAGCCUCCCCACCACCCAGUCCUGUGCCUUACCAGGGCUUCCUUCCGGCUGGCCUUAACUCCUGCUGGGCCCCGGGCCCGGCCCCAACCCUUGCCAAGGAUGGGGGUUGGGAUCACCCCCUUCUGGCUGCCGGGGGGUGGAGGGUGCCAGCUCCAGCUGUUACACAUCUUGCACCGAGACAGUAUUGGGCCCUGUGGACUGGGGUCAAAGAGGGGGUGGGAGUGGGGUUCUCUGGUACGUACUGGGGGGGUGGCCUCUGAGCAGGGGAGGCUCCAGGGCCCCUCCCUCCCUCCCUCCCUCCCCCUCCCUGGGCCCCACGUUCUGCAGCCUUAAGGUGAACGUGUGUCACUGCUGUGGGCUUGCGUGUGCGUGUGUCAGCCUGUGUCUGGAUGGCCCCGUGCAUCUGGGACUUGGGUGCAUAUGGGGGUGUGUGUGCAUGUGUGUUCGGUAUGUGUGUGUCAGGGCAAGUGUGUCCCGGCCUUGAGUGCGUGUGUGUGUGUGUGUGUGUGUGUGUGUGUAUGUGUGCAUGGUUGGGCCCUAUCCUCAGCCCCAGCAUUUCAUCCCACAGGGGAGGGGUGCUGGCCUGGUGGGGGAGCCACACCUGGGGUCCAUUUGCUGCCCAGCCUCUCUUCCCCCCAACAUCUCUGGGUGUGUGGAAUUUAGUUGUGGCUUUGAUCUCCCUGCCCCACCUCCUGUACUAGGUAGUUCAGAGAGAGACAUCCUAGGGUGGGGUGAGGGUUGGUUUGGGUGGGUGGGGGGUCUUUUUCCUUUCUGUGUGUGUAUGUCAUUUAUCUGACAAUUCUCUGUCCUCCCCACUGGCCUUCCCCAUUCCUCCCAUUUGUACGGUACAAGCAAUAAAGACACUCGUUUCAGACCGGGGCCCGCCACCCUGGGCCCUUCCUUGCCUGCGGAGCCUGGCCCUGGCUGACCCGCUCCCGGGACCUGGGCACCUGGACCUGCGUUUGUCCUCUGGCUGUCGGGGUGGGCGCCCCUGCAGCGGGAGCCACUGAGGGACCUGAGACGCUUCCUGGGGCAUGCGGGUGUGGCAGGCUGAGACCUGGGGACCAGGUCUUCAGAAGCUGCCUGGGUGGGGUGGUCGGGUUGGUGGCUCUGAACGAGGAGGGUGCUCGAGGCACCACUGAGCCCUGGAAUCGAGCAUGAGGGAGCGGGUUCUCUGCGAGGGCCCUUGGGUCCUGGUGCUGGGCACUGCCUGCAUAUCCUCUUCUCCCCACUUAGGUUAUACCAGGGAGCCUUAAGGCCCCCAAAUUCCAACACAACCUUGGUGUGUGAACAGGAGUCACGAUGGCUGUCAGCUGGGGGCAUUUCUGGUUACAGCCCUCACAGACUGGGGUCCUGACGGCUGCCCCCUUUACCCUGGGGUUCCCGUGCUUAGCUCAGUCUGCUCCCAUCUGGGGACUAGGGCAGGCGUGGCCCUGGUGAAUUGAACAUCAGGCUUUCCUGACGGGUUGGGGCUUCACAGAUGUGGUCUCAGAGACCCUGAGUGAGGGUAGCAGAAGAGUCAGAUUCAGCGAAUCUGCGUUUGCUGCAGCCAAGACCCAGGGAACACGUGGCUUUUUCUCACUUCACAUUGACUUUAUUAUUUAUUUGGUAACAAAAGGAUGCCCUGGCAGUCAUAAGACCAGUAGCAGAGAAACUUCUAGAGAAAAGCCUUUUCUUUUUCUCUCCAGUUGAAGCCCCUGGGGUGGAUGUCACUCUCCUUGCUCUCUGGUGGGGGGCAUCCUGAGUCUACCUCAGCCCGCUGGGUCCCCUCGCGGCCCCUGGGUCCCCCGUGCGGGGGCCCACAGGCUGACGCUCCACUUCCCUCUGGCAAACGUAGCUCCUUGGCCGUAGUGGUGCUUCCUUCUGUAGAACUUCUCCCGAAGGGCCUUUCAGGUGGGAGCAUUUUAACAAUAAAAUUCUAUCAAUUGGAAACUA